CGGCCCAAGCUCUAUGGACAAGAUGUCAUCAGCAGGUUGGAAUGUCGGGAAGAAAAACGCAUACACAGCAAUCAAAGUGGAUCCUGAUGGGGAUUACUGUACCCCAGGUGCAUUUGAACUGGAGCGGCUCUUCUGGAAAGGAUGCCCCAAGUACACUCACGUCAACGAAGUCUGGCCCAACCUCUACAUAGGAGAUGAGAAAACUGCAUUAGAUCGCUACAGCCUUGAGAAGGCAGGCUUCACUCACAUCCUUAAUGCAGCUCAUGGUCAGCGGAAUGUGGAUACAGGACCAGAAUAUUACCAAGACAUGACUGUGGAGUACCAUGGAGUGGAAGCAGAUGAUCUCCCCACUUUCAAGCUCAGCCAGUUCUUUUAUUCUGCUUCUAAAUUCAUUGAUAAUGCACUUCAGGAUGAAAGAAACAAGGUCCUCGUGCACUGUGCUAUGGGUCGCAGCCGGUCAGCCACACUGGUCUUGGCUUACCUGAUGAUUUACAAGAACAUGACAGUGGUGGAUGCCAUUGAACAAGUAUCACGGCACCGAUGCAUUCUGCCAAACAGAGGCUUCUUGAAGCAGCUGAGAGAACUGGACAUAGCGUUGGCACUGCAGAGGAGGAACACCAAGAACAGCCUACCAUCCAGUGACGACGAGAACAGCACCACAAUCUAGUAUUGCUCCUGGCAGGGCUGUGCUACUGCAAAAUAAACUCUAUAAAAGGUGGGGAGGAAGAGCUGUAGUUAAUUACACAGUCACAAGUCUCAUUUGUUAUCCAGGAGGAAAAAUAUCAAAAUCAUUUCAAAUGUCAUCAGGAUGGGAAAGAAGUCAAAUUAAAAACCUAUCUUCUUAGGAUAUCCUAGCUUUAACAGAGAUCUUCUCGACAUUAACAAAUCUUCCCUAUGUAAAGUUUAUCCAGCACAAAACAAGGCGUAACUUAAAUGAAAACAUCUGAGUACCCCCCAAAUCCUGAUCCUAGUCCAAGUAUAUGACCUUUAAAAGAGAGGAACUAGCCAUUCCUGAAGAGCUUUUGCAGGAAAAAUGUUGAGAUAGUUGCAACACAGACAAAUUGUUUAGUCCCAUGGUCCUGAAGAACUUCCCAGAAGUUUGCCUUUUAUGUUCUUUCCUGGCAUCGCCAUUUCUUCACAUAAUCUAAGAGCAGCAGAGUGUUUAGAGAGCCUCCAAACGAGUCUUCACAAUGGACUUUGCAGCAGAAUAUGCAAGCUAGAAACAAAGCAAAAUCCUUGAAAAGAUCAGAUGCAUAAACAGACACAACAGGAAACAGUUCAAGGAGAUGCACACACAUAUCAUGUUAGCAGUUUCAUUUCUAACUUGCUUUUCCUAGAAUUCAGGCAGUUGAAGCCUUUAAGUCCAGCGCAUGCAGUAUCCAACUCAAUUUACUAGGGCACACACUACCCCUCCUCUCAAACAAGAAAACCCACCACAAUGAGAAAAUUAUGCUUUGUGACUUGUUUUCUUCCACUUGUGACAACUACAAUACACAAGAAAUAUACUAUGUCAUUUAUAUUGCUACAGAGAAGUUCCCAUGGAAGACCCUAAUAGCCCCCUAAAAAAUCAUCAAUUAUGAAGUUUUCAUGAGAUUUUAGUUACGCUUAACAAGACAAAAGAUACAAAUGAAGCCUUUAAAAAGCUGUCUCUGUGAACUAAUAAGUAGAAAGCUGCUGCUGUACCUCCAGACACCACUGCUACCAAAUGUUUACUUACAAGUCAGCUUCAGUCAUCCUAAUACACUACCGUGCUCAAAAGUAAUAUAAUAGUAAUAGUAAAAGUAAUAUGCUAAUAAUUGUAUUGACAAUAGUUCAAAUAUGCAAAUGGAGAUGCCAGAUCUACUUUUCCACCUAAAGUUAUUGAACUCUAUACAUCAGUAAUUGUGUUUAGACACGAUAGGAGUUUUCUCACCUCAACAAUAUUACAUCUUAAAAUAUACUAUAGAGAAGGAUCAAAACUGAACCGUGUUUAUCUUUCUUCCACCCAUGAAAAUGUUGUUAUCAUUCUCCCCAUUGGAAUUUUGUUUAAUUCAGUGUAUUGGUUACAAGUUAUUCUCUCCCUUCUACCCUGCAUGAUAGCUUGAUGAUUGCUGUAACUGGAAGAGAACCUGUAGCUGAUUUGCAUGCAGAACUGCAUAUGAACAAGUUUUUCUGGGGCCUGGAGAUGGGAGCUUCUUUUGCAAAAUUGUUAAAAUAUAUAGGGAAAAUUUUAUUUCCUGGGGGCCCUGCUGCUUAAAGGGGAGACUGAUAGAUUCUUUGAAGAGCGGUCCCCAUCUACUGAUUGGAAACAAAAUACUAGAAACCUCUAAGUAGUUACCACUCAUUUGUCCUGCACAGAAGAUCAGGAAAUUGGCAAACAGCAACACUGACAUAGCAACAGAAAAAUGUAUCUACAAUUUCCAGAGGAUGGGACUCCAAGCUACUCAUAAAUUAGGAGCUGUCAUUCUAGCAUGGAAAUGAAAAGCAGCAUGUGAAGGAAAAAAAAAAGAAGAAGAAAAGAAGGAGAUAAUAGAACCUGUAUUCCAUUAUUUCUACAAGUACUGUGUGAAGGUGUUAAGCAUGAUUUCACAGAACGGCUGAGGUUGGCAGGGACCUCUGGGUCCAUCUGGUCCAACCCCUGUUCAAGCAGGGACAUCCAGAGCAGGGAUCAGCUUCUGAUUAUCCCAGAAUCAAUCAGACUACAUCAGAAAAAGCAAAGUUCUGGAACAUGUAGUUUCCACAAAGUAUGCAACUCCUGCAAUUCAGCCACAUCAAAUCACCAGUCAACCUCGCCCAACACAAUCUACAGCAGUAAGUGACCUCAUCACAAAUGUCACAUAAACGUUGGGUCUGCAAGCAGGUCUGCAAUGCAGAAUGAGGUACGUUUAUUUCCUUAUUUCAAGACACUAUGGGUAUAAAGCAUUUUCAUUUUUAGUGUCAAACCACGUCCUUUGUUUAUGGGAAGACUAUGAUUGCAUGGGCAAGGAAACAUCCUACAUUUCACAAGAAUCAUCUACUACAACUUUGUGAAGAAUUCUUUUGAGGCACUAGAAGAAAGCUAAUUCUCAGCUGGAAUGGUGCUAGAGCACACAGUCGAAAUUGAUACUGCGAUGGGCAGACAAUACAUAGAAGAGCUAGAUCUGUCAAGGAUGAGAGUUCUUAUUAAGUAGAAAUUUCAGUGCAGUAAUGCAAUUCACAGCUGAAUAGUCACUAUGGGAAAAGAUUCAGAAAAGUCAUUUGUCCUGCUGAAAGGAAUUCAGUUCUCAAAAAGUAGUACUGGAAACUUGCCUGUUGUGCAACACACAGUACAUCAUUCUCCACCCAAGUUUUAAUCCAUGUAUUGCAAAUGCAGAAUUUCAGAAAUAUGCUGGAGUCAUGAUAUUCUGUUUCAGGUUACCACAUACUGAAACGGCACAAAGGUCUGUUUGCCUCUUUGCUAAAGGCUUGGGAACCCGAAACUUAACAGAUGUAGAUAAAAACCCAAGAGUCUUUCAUUUACUAUAGUGUAAAACGUAACUGAAAAAUCGUAAGACACAGUGCUACUUUGAUAUACAAUAAUUCAGUAAAGAUGUGAGGUCCUAGUUAUACAAAAGGCUGCACACUGUGUUUUCACCUCUUCUUUCCCUAAGCGUAAUAAAAUGUGACAGUAAAUUCAUGAAGACAAACACACAUGUAGUCUAAGUACUAUGAAUACUCUUUGCCUUUAUAAAACAAAUGUGGAAAAAGUAUUGCUUAUAUUGUGAUCUCCGUUAUCAAGCAUUCUAAAACCCAAAAAAAGCAGCUAUUCCAAAUUACCAUUUCACUGGAUACUUAAUCUCCCAUUCAGAUCCACUUUUUAGACUAUUGUCCCACCAUAUAAAACUGAACAGGUUACGUGCCUGGAUCUAUAGAAUCAACUUCUAUAGGUUUAGAUAUAGACACCAUACACUUCAAGGGUUUAACAAAAUACACAUUUUCUCUGAUUUUUCAGUGUACAGAACCAAACCUGUAAAGCUGCUUUACAUACUAGAAUAGGGAGACAGUGCUUUCAAUCUUCUUGCAGUGUCAGUGGGGUUGACAGAGAUUCAGUGGCAACGUUCACCUUAAAAGCAUUUUGAAAAAUUCUUAGAUUUUUUUUUGAUUCAUUCAUGCACACUUGAUUUAAAAACUUGGUGCACUCAGGAGCUCCUUGUAUAGAUUUCCUUCUUGAUUUUUACAUAUACUUUCUAUUGCUAGAUGAGAAGUGUUCACAAUUAUGUGUGUGUUUGUAUGUGCAGGUAUACAUGCAUAUACGCAGAACACGGAGGUUCUACACAAAGUUUGUGUUUUCUUGUAAUUCAGCAAUGAGGAAAGGAAGAGAUUAGUUCUAUUAUUA